CUGUCUUACUUGGGCUCUGCAAUGAGGAAGUUCUCUGCAGCUCAGCUUCCUUUCCCUUGCCGAGUGCCUGAAACAGGAAGUCGGCCAGUGAGCGGUGGCGGCAGCAGCAGCAGCUGGGGCGACUGAGAGGGAACCCACGGGGGUCCAGCGCAGGAGCGCCCAGCUCCCCCGUCGGCGCGGCGUCCGGUCCAGUGGUGAGGCCACCGGGCCCGGCCCCGGGGAGACCCGCGCCCGCCAUGGUCCCCUGCUGGAACCAUGGCAACAUCACCCGCUCCAAGGCAGAGGAGCUGCUCUCCAGGACGGGCAAGGAUGGGAGCUUCCUCGUGCGCGCCAGCGAGUCCAUCUCCCGGGCCUACGCACUCUGUGUGCUGUACCGGAAUUGUGUUUACACUUACAGGAUUCUGCCCAAUGAAGAUGAUAAAUUCACUGUUCAGGCGUCCGAAGGCGUCCCCAUGAGAUUCUUCACCAAGCUGGACCAGCUCAUCGAGUUUUACAAGAAGGAAAACAUGGGUUUGGUGACCCACCUGCAGUAUCCCGUGCCCCUGGAGGAGGAGGACACGGGAGACGAGCCAGAAGAGGAGACAGAAGGGGCCAUGUCUCCACCCGAGCUGCCACCCAGAAACAUCAUCCCUUUAUCUGUGGGGCCAUGCGAGGCUAAGGAGGCCCCUGCUUCCAUGGAGAUCCCUCGAGCUGCCGAGGUCAGCCGGCCGAGCCUCUCAGAGACACUGUUCCAGCGACUGCAGGCCAUGGACACCAGUGGGAUUCCAGAAGAGCAUCUGAAAGCGAUCCAAGAUUAUUUAAGCACUCAGCUCUCCCUGGACUCUGAUUUCGUCAAGUCGGGCUCCAGCAGUCUCCCUCACCUGAAGAAACUGACCGCGCUCCUCUGCAAAGAACUCUAUGGCGAAGUCAUCCGGGCCCUCCCUACUCUGGAGUCUCUGCAGAGGCUGUUUGACCAGCAGCUGUCCCCUGGCCUGCGUCCACGGCCUCAGGUGCCUGGUGAGGCCAGUCCCAUCAACAUGGUGGCCAAGCUCAGCCAACUGACAAGUCUCCUGUCCUCUAUUGAAGACAAGGUCAAGGCCUUGCUGCACGAGGGUCCGGAGUCUCCCCACCGGCGCUCACUCAUCCCUCCGGUCACCUUUGAGGUGAAGGCAGAAUCUCUGGGGAUUCCUCAGAAACUGCAGCUCAAGGUCGAUGUCGAGUCUGGGAAACUGAUCAUUAAGAAAUCCAAGGACAGCUCUGAGGACAAGUUCUACACCCACAAGAAAAUCCUGCAGCUCAUCAAGUCUCAGAAAUUUCUAAACAAGUUGGUGAUCCUGGUGGAAACAGAGAAGGAGAAGACCCUGCGGAAGGAGUACGUUUUUGCUGACUCCAAAAAGAGAGAAGGUUUCUGCCAGCUCCUCCAGCAGAUGAAGAACAAGCACUCGGAGCAGCCGGAGCCCGACAUGAUCACCAUCUUUAUCGGCACCUGGAACAUGGGUAACGCCCCCCCUCCCAAGAAGAUCACGUCCUGGUUUCUCUCCAAGGGGCAGGGAAAGACGCGGGAUGACUCAGCUGAUUAUAUCCCCCAUGACAUCUAUGUGAUCGGGACCCAGGAGGACCCCCUGGGAGAGAAGGAGUGGCUGGAGAUACUCAAACACUCCCUGCAAGAGAUCACCAGCAUGACCUUUAAAACAAUUGCCAUCCACACUCUCUGGAACAUCCGCAUCGUGGUGCUGGCCAAGCCGGAGCACGAGAACCGGAUCAGCCACAUCUGCACUGACAACGUGAAGACGGGCAUCGCCAACACGCUGGGGAACAAGGGAGCCGUGGGGGUGUCGUUCAUGUUCAACGGAACCUCCUUGGGAUUUGUUAACAGCCACCUGACUUCAGGAAGCGAAAAGAAACUCAGGCGAAACCAAAACUAUAUGAAUAUUCUCCGGUUUCUGGCCCUGGGAGACAAGAAGCUGAGUUCCUUUAACAUCACUCACCGCUUCACCCACCUCUUCUGGCUCGGGGAUCUCAACUACCGUGUGGAGCUGCCCACCUGGGAGGCAGAAACCAUCAUUCAGAAGAUCAAGCAGCAGCAGUACGCAGACCUCCUGUCCCAUGACCAGCUGCUCAUGGAGAGGAAGGAGCAGAAGGUUUUCCUGCACUUUGAGGAAGAAGAAAUCACAUUUGCACCCACCUACCGUUUUGAAAGAAUGACUCGGGACAAAUACGCCUACACUAAGCAGAAAGCCACGGGGAUGAAGUACAAUUUGCCCUCCUGGUGUGACCGAGUCCUCUGGAAGUCUUACCCCUUGGUGCACGUGGUGUGUCAGUCCUAUGGUAGCACCAGUGACAUCAUGACCAGUGACCACAGCCCUGUUUUUGCCACAUUUGAGGCAGGAGUCACCUCCCAGUUUGUCUCCAAGAACGGCCCUGGGACCACCGACAGCCAAGGGCAGAUCGAGUUUCUCGGGUGCUACGCCACACUGAAGACCAAGUCCCAGACCAAAUUCUACCUGGAGUUCCACUCCAGCUGCUUGGAGAGUUUUGUCAAGAGUCAGGAAGGAGAAAAUGAAGAAGGAAGCGAAGGGGAGUUGGUGGUGAAGUUUGGUGAGACCCUCCCGAAGCUGAAGCCCAUCAUCUCGGACCCCGAGUACCUGCUGGACCAGCAUAUCCUCAUCAGCAUCAAGUCCUCCGACAGUGACGAAUCCUACGGCGAGGGCUGCAUUGCUCUACGGUUAGAAGCCACGGAAACUCAGCUCCCCAUCUACACACCUCUCACCCACCACGGAGAGAUGACCGGUCACUUCCGGGGGGACAUUAAGCUGCAGACCUCCCAGGGCAAGAUGAGGGAGAAGCUCUACGACUUCGUGAAGACGGAGCGGGAUGAAUCCAGUGGACCCAAGUCCCUGAAAAGCCUUACCAGCCAUGACCCCAUGAAGCAGUGGGAACCUGCCAACAGGGCCCCUCCAUGCAGUGGCUCUGGCAUCACAGAAAUCAUCAACCCCAGCUACAUGGGGGUGGGGAACUUCGGGCACUUGAAGCAGACCCUGUCCCCCGACCAGCAGCCCACUGCCUGGAGCUACGACCCGCCACUCAAGGACUCCGCGCUGGGGCCUGGAAGGGGAGACAGCCCCCCGACGCCACCCUCCCAACCACCCAUAUCACCCAAGAAGUUUACAUCGUCAACUGCAACCCGGGGACCCUGCCUCACUCAGUCAAGGCCUAGCGAUGUGGCGAAGAGUGUGGGGGAACCUUUGCCUCCCGAGGAGCCGCAGCUGACCAAGCCCGAGAUGUUUGAGAACCCCCUGUAUGGGUCUGUGAGCGCAUUCCCGAAGCCGGCUCCCAGGAAAGAGCAGGAGUCCCCAAAGAUGCUGAGGAAGGAGCCCCCGCCCUGCCCGGACCCGGGCAUCAUAUCACCCAGCAUCCUGCUCUCCAAAGUCCAGGAGGCAGAGGGCAGCAAGGGGACCGGCAAGCCGGCGCCCCCGCCCGCCCCCUUCCUCAGCCCCACGCCCCGGGUCCGCUCCUUCACCUGCUCCACCUCCGAGGGCCGCCCGCCGGGCGGGGACAAGAGCCAAGGGAAGCCCAAGGCCCCGGCCGGCUCUCAGGUCCCGGUGCCGGUGCCGGUCAAGAGGCCCAUCAAGCCUUCCAGGUCGGAACUCAGCCAGCAGCCCCUGCCCGCCCAGGGGCAGCGGCCGCCCCUCCCGGUCAAGAGCCCGGCCGUCCUGCACCUGCAGCACUCCAAGGGCCGCGACUACCGCGACAACGCCGAGCUGCCUCACCACGCCAAGUACCGGCCGGAGGACGCACCGCUCAGCCGGACCGCCAUGCAGUGAAGCCCCUGGUGAGCCGCCAGUGAGAUAGGAGCCCAGAGGAGCAACACGAAGCCACUAGGACCCUCUCUCAGGACCGCUGUUCACUCCUCCUACCCAGUUUCCUGCACAGGGCUUCGUGUUUUUCCUGAGAGGGCCUAGCUUCUGUGUGGUCAGCAAGGGGCACUGGCUGUGAAACCUUACUGUCAGCGCUGAAGCUGGAAGCAGCAGCACACCAGAUGGGCACCCAACAACCUGCACAGCGGGGCCCCCAGCUUGAUCUUGGUACUUGGGACCCAGGAGCCUUGUUCCGGCUAGCAUUUUGAAGAAAGGAACUAGAGUGCUGAUUCCUGGGUGGAGAUACAAGUAAUAAUAAUAUUAAUAAUAAUAAUGGUUACAUGUGUGGAGCACUCAGCACCUGCCAGGUACUGUGCUAAGUGCUUUAUGAACAUUACAAGUUGAGUCUUCAGUCAACUAAAACCACAUUCCCAGACCGCCCCACCCCCCUCCAGUUGAAAACAGUAUGUCCUGAGUGGUUUGGAAAAAGCAUUAAAAAUUAAGGCUAGUGCCCUCCUGGAGUGAGGAAGGGCUUGGCCUUUAGGAAGCUCUGAGUGUGUGGUUAAUCUAGGGUACAGUGAACCUGGCCUUGUCUAGCUUCAGUGAUGCAAACUGCUAUAGCGAAAGCCACUGGGAUCCAGCUGAGCCUGUGUGAACAGGGAUCUCUCUGGGUCACCUGAGUUCUUCAGUCAGAAGUAGAAGGAAAAUCAAUUCCUGCUCUCCAGUAAACAGACUUGGCUUCAGCCCAGACUGGCGAUUCCAGGCUUGUACCAAGUCUCCUGUGCCCUCCUCCAGGUGGGCAGGCACCGCUAGGCCAUGGAAUGAGCCACGCCCUGAGCCUUAUCUCAUCGAGCUGAUGGAAAAGUCUUUGCUGUUCCUUAGUUGCUGCAGAAAACCAGCUUUCCCACUUGGCUGCUGGGGAGGGCGGGCCUCUUGGUUCCUAGCCCUCAAAGCAGUCUUUUAUUUCUGAACUCUAUGGCUUUUGGCCCUGCUUCCUUGGUUACUAGGAGAAUGGACUGGUGAUGUUCUUGUGUGUCUGUUGCUUUUUGAUGUAACAAAAUUAAUGUAGGAAACCAAAUCCAGAAGUGUGUAUGAGUUCAGGAGGAUGGGUACGCGUCUCAUAUCCCCACGUGUGUCAGUCUGCGUGACCAAUAAAUUGUGCUUUUCUCAGCUCC